AUGGGCCUGUUUACCAGCUCAAGCGAUCGAGGCGCGUCCAAGGCCGACGGAGACCUGCUAGAGCGGGCACAGAAGCAGGUGCAGGACCACCUCCCCGCCAACGUCCAGGAUGCCGUCCCCGCGGCCGUGCCCUCCGAGGGCGAGCUGCGCCACCUGCUGUCGACGCCGGUCGGGAUUGCCACGCUCUCCAUCACGGCCACCUCGCUAUCCUUUCUCCUCUACUGGCGCUACUUCCGACGCAUCCCCAACGCCGAGUACCUGACGCCGUCGGUGCUGCGCUACCGCAAGACGCUCGUGGGACACGUCACGUCGGUGGGCGACGCCGACGGCUUCCGCCUCUUCCACACCCCCGGCAUCCCCUUUCUUCGCAGCCUCAUCCACCAGCCACACCGGAAGCGCAAACCCUCGGAGCUGCGGACGCAGACGCUGAGCGUGAGGCUGGCCGGGGCCGAUGCGCCCGAGACGGGCCACUUUGGCAAGCCCGCCCAGCCGUUUGCCAAAGAGGCCAUGGACGAGCUCAAGUCCCUCGUCCUCGGCAAGACGGUGUGGUGUCAGGCCUCGCACGUCGACCAGUACAAGCGCCUCGUGGCCACGCCCUACGUCUGGCUACCGCCCUACGUUCUCGGCAGGACCAACGUCUCGUUGGCGCUCGUCAAAAAGGGCCUCGCCACCGUCUAUCGCCAGAGCGGUGCGGCAUACGGCGAGGCGACCAUGUGGGCCAAGAUCUGGAGCAGGGCAAAGAGCGGCCUGGACGGGCUAGAGCGCGCCGAAAGAAAGGCAAAAAAGCAGAAGCUCGGCAUCUGGAGCCAGGGCAAGAAGUACGAAUCGCCAGAGGAUUACAAGAAGCGAUACCGAGCCGAGUCCCCGCCGUGA